AUGGAAGUGACAGCGGCCACUGCAGCACCAGCAACAACAACGACAACAACAAAGCCAUCCCGACGGGGCCCGGCCAUCAAGAUAAGACGAUAUGGGCGCAGUGACUUUGAGAAGUUCGACGAGGAGACUGCGCGGGGCUCUCACCUCUGCGUCGGGUCUGCCACGAUCGGCAAAGUAGACAUUGACUGCAAGUAUCACUGGAAAAAGGCCCAAUGGGGCGUCCUGGGCAGGGAGGAGACUCCAGCCGGCGUCGUCUACAUGGACAUCACCUUCAAGCAGCCCCACGGCUACUGGCUUGAGCGCGCCAGUGUCUUCAUUACCCUGAGCGAAGACAUGUCGUCGUACGCUCUCUCGGCCCCUCGCCAAGCCAGCACCCAGCCGACACGGUCCCUCAGCAGCGAGUACGCAGUGCAGUUCACCAACUACUAUGGCCCCAGACUCCUCACCGGCACCAAGACCGUUUCCGCCGAGAGCAAGGAACACACGUUUGUCCCGACGAUCGGCGCUAUGGGCUUCCAACUCGGCGGCAUCGGCCUGAAGUCCAAUAGCUCCGCAGAACGUGUCGGCCGAUGGGUCUUCAAGGGCACCCUUUGCAGGCCCAAGGGCCGCGACGGCCUGCGGACCCUGGAGUGGGAGCUCUCGGAGAACAGCAUCAACCCCGACCAGGUGCACGGGCAGACGUACCAGACGGCCUUUGCCUUCGAGCACAGCAAGCGCCCAGUCUUCAUGCGGGUCGAGGUCGAGGGCAAGCUGCGCGACAGGAGCCGCCAAAUGAAGCACGAGCUGCUCAAAUUCUCGUCCAGCUUCGGCAGGAAGGACAAUUCCACCUUAACCGAGCUGGACCUGGGCAGGAACGUCGAGUUCAGGAAGCCGCUGGACCACAUCGCGCAGAGCCUCGAUAUGGCAAUGCAAUGGGAAAACACCGGGAACCUGCCGGUCGAGGUGCCGGAUCCCGCGGGCGCGCAGUUC